UGAACAACGUGAACAAUCCCAAUGUGCUGCAAGUCGGGGGGCCAGACGAGGCCCCCGGGGGGCGGAGAGGCUCGACAUGCGGUCUUUCCCUUUCCCCACACCCGAGUCCGAAAGGACGCCGGCGGUCGAUGAUAGCCGAGUUAGUUAACCCUGGCGGCGGUGGUGGACUGCCGAAAUUCAAACAGGGACCCCCGUCGCCACUCGAGCUCAACCCGAUAAGUCAACACUACGAGAUUGGACGAUUAGUCGGCUCCGCCGGACCCGAACUCGUCUGGAAGAUCUAUGACGCCAAGCGAAAAUCUGAUAACAAAGAUUGCUCAGUGUUUUUCUUCGAGAAAAAGGUCGCAGAAAAACUUCACAAGCCAAAACGGAAAGAGACAAUAACGGAAAUUCUACGCUUUGGUGUUCGCCAACUCGAGCGCCACAAACAUCCAAAACUCCUGUCACUCGCGCAUCCUAUCGAAGAGGCCAACGACUCCCUGGCGUUCGUGACCGAACCAGUUCUCGGGAGUCUGGCUAAUGUGCUCGGCUGCCUUGAAGACCGACUUCCUCAAACUAUAGCACAAGAGACCCGCGAUUACGAAUUUCUCGAUAUCGAGUAUAAAUACGGUUUACUGCAGCUGACCGAAGCGCUGCUAUUUCUGCACUACAACGCGAAGCUUAUCCACCGCAAUGUAUGUCCCACUUCGGUGAUUAUCAACCGAAAGGGCACUUGGAAACUCGCGGGAUUCGAAUUCUCUGAGAAAUGCAACGAAACUGAUCCAAUGAGCCCUAUAGGAUGUCAGGGCUUCACGUCAAAGCUACCUAAAAUGGGUCAACCCGACCUAGACUACACAGCGCCAGAGGUGCACGCCACGUCUUCAUGUUCGCCACAAUCCGACAUGUUUUCGCUUGGUCUGCUCAUUACAGCACUCUUCAACCAGGGACACUCGCUGCUCGAGAGCCAAUUGUCAAUUUCUAUCUACACCCAACGCAUCGAAGAGAUGGACCGGAACCUUCACUCCCUCCUGGAGAAAAUCCCCCACCACCUGCAGGAGCCCCUCCAGGGUCUGCUCAACAUGGACGCCAAGCGAAGGCCCAACUCGCGAAACUUCUCUAUCAUCAAGUAUUUUAUGGAUCCAGGCGUCCAUGCACUACAAUAUCUUGACGUGAUCCAGAUGAAGGACUCCACCCACAAGACACACUACUACCACAAUCUCAAACAAACCCUGCCCGCUAUACCAAAGAAACUAUGGUGGCAACAUAUUCUACCGUCGCUACAGGCGGAGCUGCAGUCUCCGGAAGUGCUCGCUGCCACACUGCAACCUCUACUCUUUAUGAUCGACGAUUCGUCACCGGAUGAAUACCAAACCACCAUCCUACCCGUGUUCAAAAGCGUCUUUGGAAUGCCCAAGUCUGUACAGGCAACAGUGACCCUGCUGGAAAACAUCGAAGUGCUAAUGGCGAAAAGUCCCAAAGCAGACAUUCGCUCAGAUGUGCUUCCGAUGGUAUAUAAUUCCUUUGAAUCAACGGCACCGCAGAUCCAGUGCGCCUCGAUACGCGCUGCCGCCCAUGUCGCCGAGUUCCUCGACGAGAACGCCGUUCGUAAGAUGGUUCUUCCCCGUACGAGGUCCGUCUUCGAGACCAACUCUGGGCAAAAGCCUCUUCACAGUAUGUCGUCGCAGGUACAGGCGAACGCGCUAACGUGCAUCGAGCAGGUCAUGGACAAACUGGAAAAGAACGACACGCUGGAUCAGGUACUUCCAAUGCUCGAAAAGGCCAAAGUCAACGACCCAGCCAUUCUAAUGCCUGUCGUCCGCAUCUAUAAGCGAAUGUUGGACGAUAAGCGCUAUGGUCUGACGGUGCACCUUCUCGCUACCAAAGUGCUUCCAGCGCUCAUACCUGUUGCCGUCAAUCCGGCCCUCAAAUUAGACCAAUUCCAGGAGCUCACGCAGCUCUGUCAGGAAAUGUUAGACGCGGUGUCUAAGAAUCAAAGGAACAAGCUUAAGUUGGAUAAACUUUCCCUCCAGCCCUCUUCAGAACUACUUCCAGUGCACACUCAGCAGAUGCAAAUGCAGUUCCACGCGAUCGAGCAGCCGACUGGAUACCCUCACCGUCCGCCAUCAUUGCGACUUGAGUCCAGGCGUACUUCUAUUUCCAUGGAUGACGUCGUCAGAAGAACAUGUAGUUCAGCUUCAUCCUCACCGGACUCGAACCUCCUGCGUGUCCAAGCCACGCUUCCUGGUAGGCGCCACUCGGACAACACGAUCCAGCCCCCACGGAUACUCGUCGCGCCCUGCUCACCGGGCACGGGUUCCCCUCUCGGCUAUACCUCAUCAGGCGUACCGGUGCGGAGACACUCCUCAGUGGGGAUGCACCAACAGGAUUCGCGUUUUUCGAACUUUUUCGCGUCGCCGAAGUUCCAGUCUCCAACCACAGCUAACAACUCAACGGGUCUUGGUGCAGAUUUCUUCAAUUCCAGUCGAGCCAACAUGAGACGCUACUCGGCCGCAGCUGUUUGCGGUGCCGGACUCCCUAAUCAGGCGUCCUCCUUCCUUCAGCAAGUGGGCUCAGGAGUUUCCUCGUUAUUUUCCAGCAAAUAAACGCCACUUCCACCACUGCUAUGAUCCAUAGUAAUAGUAAGAUUCACUUCAGGAAGGCAGAAAACGAAUUAUACGUGGUCUUGGCGCUAAUCACAAACCGACACAACAGAGAAGGCAGUAGGACUAACUAAAUGAAUAGAUAAUUGAGUGCCUACCAAGCAAAGAGUUCACCAGAUGGCCAGGAAAAGUAGAAAAAGUUCUGCGCAACUACACCUCACAAAUCGUCCGCCAUGUCAAGCAUUAGUACCCAAACCUUGCCGCUUAUUACCAAACAACUAAUGGACCGACAAGUUACCAACAUAUCAACGUAUCGCUAACUAAUCGCUGCCCGCUAAAAAAGCUUGCGCACGAAACCAGCAGUCAUCUUCGACGGGUAUCGUGGAAACGAGUCAGUUUGAAAAUGCGCGGUCAUGAAUUGGCAUACGCGAUGAUAGACUGAUGUUGAUAAUAGUUAAACUCCACUUCAAAAUGGAAAUAUUUGUUGUACCGGUUCUAGACAUCAUUGUGCAAUCGAAUAAUCUGAUAGAAACGACCAGACGGCGGGAAGACUAUGCGGCAACUAUGUUAUGCGGAAAAAAUAACGUCUAAACUAACUUAAUCUAUUCUUCUUAAGUUUCCGACAAGAAAAUCGUCUAAUAGACAAUAUGAUGCGUGAUAGGCUGAUGAUUAGUGGAUGUUCCUUUCGUCAAUUGAAGAUGGCUACGAUACUUCAUCCUGUGCAGUGCUAUCUCUUCGUCUAAAAACCAACCGCGUACGCCGUGGUCUCCUGUGUCAAAAUCGAACUCCCCAAAAACAAAUCUCAAAUAGAAAAAACACGGGACGAUUGAAAAAAAAAAACUAACAACUCGAUUCCUCGCUACGCAAACGUCAAAUCAAGGGCAACUAGUAACGCGCGACAUCUUAUCUUCUGUCGUAUCGAAAUUAAUUUGCCAAUAAUUUCGCUGCUUUUCUACCGUUUCGAACCUCUUUGCCGCAUCCAUUUCUACUGGCGAAAUCGGCAGCCUGGUGGUAACGUUGCAACCAGUUUUGUCAUGGAUCGAAAUCGUCGAACGAUGAACAAAGCAAUCGACGGAAUUCGUUGGUCCUUGCCCAUUUGUUGACCCGCGUAACAGAGUGGUUCACGUAACUACUCGUUACUUUGCGCUAGACCCAUAUUGCAAAGCCUUGGCAGACCCUUCUUCUGUUGCAACUCUUUCUCCAAACUUUGCGUCACAACCAAAAGCCGCGUUAGCAGUACAACAAAUCGCAGUGACGCGUUUUAUGUCUACAAAUGCCGCAUACAUCGCAGUGUUAAACCGGUAUCAUUUCGUGCUGUGGCCUCAGCAGGACUCAUCGAAUCCGACGAACCACUGACGUCUUCUACGACUGACACCUUUUACUUAUUCAUUUAUUCAUGCGCUGCUACAACGCUGCACAACGUCCCAAUUGGAGGAACACGAGGGAUCGUUAUCGAACUCAAGGGCAACUCGCAGUCUUUGUCACGACAGCGGCAUCGAUACCAAUAUCGACGACAGCAUCUAUGCAUGCUUCUACUUCUAGUGCAACCAUUACUACUUCACGAUGACUACAACUGCGGUGCCGCGAGACGCAGGGACGGCCGGAGCGGUAUACGCAGCAACAAAUCGUACCCGAGAGGAACAAUAAUCAAAUAGUGGCAUUGAAUCUCGCGAGUUGCCGACCAAGACGACAACAACAACUCGUCGUACACAACGUUGAGGGCUACUACGAUGGUAAUAACAACAAAACAAGCUCUAUCGCUGUAUAAAACUGUACCAAGACGCAAGCGGGACGUAAGCGAAUGACCCGAAACCAAUCGAACUAUUUACAGUAAAACGAUCUGCAAAAGCAAUUGAUCAGUUUCGGUUUCAGGUUUUCAUUACUCGAGUGCAACGCACGCCGUAUGGUAGAACGCAAGAGCUUAGCCACCGAUCGUGUUAAGGGACAGAAGGCUUAAAGAGGCUUCCAAGUCGUGUCAAAACGGCCCACCCUCUUAUAACGCCUUUCGAAGCUGACACAACUAACCUAGUCUACUUGCUACUUCGUUCAUUAGUUGGAUGCCCGAUGCCCCAAAUAUAUUGGCUUCACUCUGUCAAACGCCAACUGCGAUAACCCGUCCGUCUUAACGUACAGACAAAUAGGUACGUACGCAAGCGAAGAUCAAAUUGAAGCUACGUUUGGAAUUGACCCUAAAAUUCCUCAACGUGCCACGAGGUCACUGUACAUACAACAAACUGACAUCAAACAUGCAGAAUUCAAAUAGAGCUAAAAGCGCUACACAACGAAGCAAAGAUGUGGCAGUCUAGAUCAUUUACUUUUGCAUGGAUUUACGGUAAGAAGCUAUGAUAAUAGUAGUCGACCGUAGCAGGAACUUUUCACUUAAUGCAUAUAAAACACGACCGGAUUCCGGCCGCAAGCCAUUCUGCGCGCAAGUGCAUCAGUAAGUUUGUUACCAAUAGGCAAAAAAGGCCCCCUAGUUUAUAUACACAACUAUCCCAUUAUUAUACCCUAAUCCUAGACAGUUCCCCAAAGCAGUGCUGCAAUUCUCGAUGUCUUCCCCCUCGUUUUUUCUCGUUAUCAUGCCUACAUUGCUUUUAUUAAGUAGUUUGACUUACUGGCGAAGAGAACUUACGACCGCCUAAAGCAUAUAUCCACCACCAUCCAGACAAAAGUCUAACAAAAAAUUUAAACACACAGUCAUCGUUAGCAGCCGUAGCGAAAUAGUAAAACUGUUCCUGAGCGGUAUUGGCAACGGUUCCUGCAGCGAUUUACGACGAAGACCGCUCUAUCUAUGCGAUACGAACACGUACGUGGCCGCCAUUAUUUCCAUGGGCGAUAGAUGGCUCGUGCGUAGCUAUGAAUGCAGACGUGAUUAUUUAUCUGAGUGUAUUUAACUCUUAGCCUGACGGUAUGUCAUAAACAAUCGUAAUUAUACAGUUAGCUUUAUGAUACGCUCCUGCAAAACAGCGUCACGAGUAGAGCGCCUCCAACGCCGUUAAAUAUUCUAGCUGCUCUCUUUCGUCAAGCCCUGGUCUCGCAUACAUUUCCUGAGGAAGGCAAUGAAGUUCACAUGCACCGGUGCUGCUAUGAAACAACGUAAGGCCUGUGAGGCGUUUCCAUACAUUAUCUAUAGUUCGGGAGAAAAGGCGAUAGAGGGCGCGCGAAAGGGGCGUAAAGAGAGUGAAAAUGGUGAGCUAACAAGAAAAAUAGAGUAACCAACAACUAAAGCAGACGAAGAAAGGCGGGUACCGCCGCCUUUGUCGCUCAUAAACACGCUUGAAGGUCGCAGAGUCGCGGGCCAUGAGUUAAAAAAAAAAUCGAAAGCUGAGCGAGCCAGGCCAUCUCGCGCUUAGAAUGACACAGGCCGCCAAAAUGUUCACUGCUAUGUACGCUGCGUAAAUGGGAGAGCAAAGAGGGGAAAAGAAAGCAUAUGCAUGUGUGGAGCGUUCAUUAUGGCUCAUUGCACAGACAGCACGAAAGGACCCGUGUCUUCUAAUAAAGCAGCGCAUGACCUUUUCGAGAAGGAGCUGGAGGAGUAGACUAAGUGGGUCUUCCCUACGCAGUGAGUCCUUUGGGCCUGUCGUAACAAGAACUGUCGUGUUGGCGGUAGUGUUUCGACAGUGCGAAACAGUAGAAGAACACGUAGAGUAGAUACAAAAUGAGUCAAGAAGCAAUAUCUUCCAGCCAGCGUGGAAUACUGAAUGCUGAACAUGAAGCAUAGCGACGGCACAGUGGGGCAAUAAUCGUAUGCGAGAUGACCGUAAAGCUACACCGACUGUUAGCUAACCCUUUAUUUUAGCAGUGCUGCACGCAGAGAGAAGUACUAUAAAGAAAAAUGUAGCUAAAUUUACACAUACUUUUGGAGGAAGGAAAUUUUUUGUUUGGCUGGGCGUGAAAUGAUGAUUGUAUUCUGUAGAAAUACAGAACUAGAUUUGGUACCAUUGUGGUUGUACCUGCUUGCUACGUCGCCAAUAUGAAAUGCCUUG